AUGGGGAACCGGGGGAUGGAGGAUCUCAUCCCGCUGGUGAACCAGCUGCAGGACGCCUUCAGCGCCAUCGGCCAGAACGCGACCCUCGACCUGCCGCAGAUCGCGGUGGUGGGCGGCCAGAGCGCCGGGAAGAGCUCGGUGCUGGAGAACUUCGUGGGCAAAGACUUCCUGCCUCGGGGCUCCGGAAUCGUCACUCGGCGCCCCCUGGUGCUGCAGCUCAUCAACUGUUCAACAGAGUAUGCAGAGUUCCUGCACUGUAAAGGGAAGAAGUUCACAGACUUUGAUGAAGUUCGUCAGGAGAUCGAAGCUGAAACGGAUCGGGUGACGGGACAGAACAAAGGAAUCAGUCCAGUUCCCAUCAACCUGAGGGUGUAUUCUCCCAACGUCCUGAACCUGACGCUGGUGGAUCUUCCUGGGAUGACGAAGGUUCCGGUGGGCGACCAGCCGGCCGACAUCGAGCACCAGAUCAGGGACAUGCUCAUGCAGUUUGUCACCAAAGACAACUGCCUCCUACUGGCUGUUUCUCCGGCCAACUCUGACCUCGCCAACUCUGAUGCUCUAAAGAUCGCCAAAGAAGUCGACCCUCAAGGUCUAAGGACCAUCGGUGUGAUCACCAAACUGGAUCUGAUGGACGAAGGAACCGAUGCCCGAGACAUCCUGGAGAACAAACUGCUGCCGCUACGCAGAGGUUACAUUGGGGUGGUGAAUCGCAGUCAGAAAGACAUUGAUGGGAGGAAAGACAUCACAGCCGCUCUGCAGGCUGAGAGAAAGUUCUUCCUGUCGCACCCGUCGUACCGCCACCUGGCUGACCGUAUGGGCACCGCCUACCUGCAGAAGAUCCUCAACCAGGUAAACGCCAAAACACCUCAUGACGGGGCUUUUAAAA